CAAGUCUUUGCGCGAUUCUGCUCGUGUUGAGCGUUAUGGCGUCUUCUUAGAGCGUAGAUAAAUCGCAACUCUUUUGUUGACAAGUGAUUGAGAUGGCGGCUGACUCCACAGACAAGAAAGAUGCAGAAUCUUCGGGGACCAAAGAUAGAGACAGGAAACGCAGCCGUUCACGAGAUAGGGAUCGGAAAGUGUCACCUUCGCGCAAACGCCAUCGGUCUCGUGAACGGAACCGCUCCAAAUCUCCAGAAAGAGAUCGGCGCUUGAAAGACAAGGAUAGAGACAAGGAUCGUGAUAGAGAUAAAGACAGAGACAGAGGUCGCAAGGACAGAGACAGCCAUCGACGUGAUAAAGACCGCAGCAAAAGAUCCAGAAGUGCCUCACCAAAGUCAAAGGAUGGCAGGAUAAAGAAAGAAAAGGAAAUAAAAACAGAGGAAGAAGAAGAAGACAAAAAGAAGAAAGAGAAGGUCCAGCCUUUGUCUUUGGAGGAGCUUCUGGCCAAGAAGAAGGCAGAAGAGGAGGCAGAGGCAAAGCCCAAAUUUCUCUCAAGGGCUGAGCGGGAAGCUGAGGCUUUAAAGCGCAGAGAGCAACAGACAGAGGAGAGGAGGAGGUUAUUGGAAGACGAAAGGAAGAAGAGAAGGAUGUUUCAGGACAUGGGGAGAAAAAUGCUGGAGGACCCCCAAGAAAGGGAGAGACGAGAACGGAGAGAGCGAAUGGAGCGGGAGAACAACGGAAAUGAGGAAGAAGAUGGGCGACAGAAGCUCAGAGAGGAGAAGGAUAAAGGCAAAGAACUCCAGGCCAUCAAGGAGCGGUAUCUGGGUGGGCUCAAAAAACGGCGGAGAACUCGUCACCUGAAUGACAGGAAGUUUGUGUUUGAAUGGGAUGCUUCUGAGGACACGUCGGUCGACUACAACCCCAUAUACAAGGAGAAGCAUCAGGUGCAGCUGUAUGGACGCGGCUUCAUUGCUGGCAUCGACUUGAAGCAGCAGAAAAGAGAGCAGUCGCGUUUCUAUGGCGACCUGAUGGAGAAAAGACGCACGCUGGAGGAGAAAGAACAGGAAGAGACAAGACUGAAGAAAAUGCGAAAGAAGGAAGCCAAGCAGCGCUGGGACGACAGGCACUGGUCUCAGAAGAAGCUGGAUGAGAUGACGGACAGAGACUGGAGAAUCUUCAGAGAGGAUUACAGCAUCACCACCAAGGGAGGAAAGAUCCCCAACCCCAUCAGGAACUGGAAGGAGUAUGCGCUACCUGCACACAUCCUGGAAGUCAUCGACAAAUGUGGCUAUAAGGAUCCAACACCAAUUCAGAGGCAGGCCAUUCCUAUUGGCUUACAGAACCGUGACAUCAUUGGUGUGGCUGAGACAGGUAGCGGUAAAACAGCUGCUUUCCUGAUUCCACUGCUGGUCUGGAUUACCACUCUGCCCAAAUCAGACAGGAUUGAAGAUUCAGACCAGGGUCCUUAUGCUGUAAUCUUGGCCCCAACUCGUGAGUUGGCACAGCAGAUUGAAGAGGAAACAAUAAAGUUUGGGAAACCGCUUGGCAUCCGAACAGUGGCUGUGAUUGGAGGAAUCUCCAGAGAGGACCAAGGCUUCCGACUCAGGAUGGGCUGUGAGAUCGUCAUUGCCACCCCUGGACGUCUGAUCGAUGUGCUAGAGAACAGGUACUUGGUCCUGGGCCGCUGUACCUACGUGGUCCUGGAUGAGGCCGACCGUAUGAUCGACAUGGGCUUUGAACCUGACGUUCAGAAGAUUCUGGAGUACAUUCCAGUGACCAAUCAGAAACCAGACACUGAUGAGGCAGAGGACCCAGAGAAGAUGGCGAUGAACUUUGAAUCUGGAAAACAUAAAUACAGACAGACGGUCAUGUUCACCGCUACAAUGCCUCCAGCUGUGGAGAGGCUGGCCAGGAGCUACCUUAGACGUCCUGCUGUGGUGUACAUCGGCUCUGCAGGAAAACCUCACGAGAGAGUAGAACAGAAGGUCCUGCUGAUGUCGGAGGGAGAGAAAAGGAAGAAGCUGCUGGAAGUUUUGGCACACGGAUUCGAGCCUCCCAUCAUCAUCUUCGUCAACCAGAAGAAGGGUUGCGACGUACUGGCAAAGUCUCUGGAGAAGAUGGGGUACAAUGCCUGCACACUGCACGGUGGCAAAGGCCAAGAGCAGAGAGAGUUUGCACUCUCCAAUCUCAAAGCAGGAGCCAAAGAUAUCCUGGUGGCCACAGACGUUGCUGGUCGAGGUAUUGAUAUCCAGGAUGUCUCCAUGGUCAUCAACUACGACAUGGCCAAGAACAUUGAAGAUUACAUCCAUCGUAUCGGUCGUACGGGCCGUGCUGGUAAGAGCGGUGUGGCCAUGACUUUCCUCACCAAAGAGGACUCUGCUGUGUUUUACGACUUGAAGCAAGCCAUCCUCGAGAGCCCGGUCUCCACCUGCCCGCCGGAGCUCGCCAAUCACCCAGACGCUCAGCACAAACCUGGAACCAUCCUGACCAAAAAGAGGCGCGAAGAGACCAUCUUUGCUUGAUCUUUUUUUCUUCUUCUGCUAAAUAUCAUCUGUAUAUUAUUUUGUUUAUUUUUUUUAACUUUAUCCACAAAACAAAACCCUGUAGUUUUCCGACUUUUAUCUUUACAUUAUGGAAUGUAAAUGCAUUUGUUUGUUUCUCCAUUCAGGAUCUUGUGACAAAGUUAUUUACCCUGGUCUGCUUCAUUUUUUUUUUUUUUUUUUUUCUUUUCUUUUUUCUGUCCCAUCUGUGGGUAAAAAGGAACACAUGAACUGGCAGAUUUGAAGUCAGAUCAGUUUUGAAUCUGUAAACAUGAGCCAGAAUCAAUGAUAAUCUUUGUUGUGGAAAUAUCAAACAUGGUAAAACAGCUGCCAGAUUUGUUAAAAAUUAUAAGUAAAUUCUGUUUUUAGCCAUUUAUCACUGAUUUGACUGUUCUGAACAUUUAUUUUGACAGAUUUAAUGUAAUGUUGUAAUGUGUUUUUUUUAGCUCCAGAUGCAUCCUUAAGACAAAAUACCACCAGCUGUUUAAAAAUAUAAACAUGUGUAUGAUGUAACCACAGCAAAUUUGAGUAAAUGUCUAAAAACAGUCUGGGAAAAAAUAAAGUAAAAUAUGUGCUUGGUUAAA